CACAGCUUGGCGCGGGCGGUGGCGCGGGCGGUCAAGCGGCAGGUACAAGCAGUGCAGAAAGCUAGUGUAUAUGAUGAUGAUGAAAUUCUUUUGGCUUUGGUUUUAAAAGAAGAUGGAUUGGAAGAUGCAAAAUGCAAAGAAAAACUGAAAAAAUAUUGUGAAAACUUAAAAGAAGCAAAUAAAGAGUUAAAUAAAAUCUAUCCAAAACUAAAAGAUAUCUGCAAGGAUGAAGACAAGAAGUGCACAAGUAUAAAAGCUAAAAUUACAAAAAAAUGUCAAACACAUAAAGCAACCUUAAAUUCUAUAGUAUCAAAAGCAUUAGGAGAAAAUUAUGAUUGUAAAGAGGAUGAACGACAAUGCCUAUUUUUGGAGGAAGCAUGCCCUGAUGAUCUUAAAGAAAAAUGUACUGACUUAAGAAAUAAAUGUUAUAAGAAGAAGCGGGAUGAAGUAGCAAAAGAAGUUCUUUUGAGGGCACUUCGUAGUGAUCUCAAUGAAACAGAGACAUGCAAAAAAAAACUAAAAGAGAUUUGCCCAGUCUUGGGGAGGGAAAGUAAUGAGUUAACGGACUCGUGUUUGAACCAGAAAGAGACAUGCGAGAAUAUUAUAAAAGAAAGAAAUAAGAAAUGUGAUACUCUUAAAACAGAUGUUAAAACAGUACUUGGAAGUUUUAAAAAAGAAAAAUGUCUAUCAUUACUUGAAGAAUGUUAUUUUUACGUUGGAAAUUGCCAAGAAGACGAUAUAAUUGAAUGUAUUAAAUUGGGAGAGAAAUGCCAGGAACAAAACAUUGUUUAUAUACCACCAGGACCCGAUUUUGAUCCAACUAGGCCAGAGGCUACACUAGCAGAAGAUAUAGGACUGGAAGAACUUUAUAAGAGGGCAGAGGAGGAUGGUGUUUUUAUUGGAAGACAACAAGUAAGAGAUGCGACAGCUUUGUUGACGUUGUUGGUUGAAAAAGAUACAAAUGUUAAAACAAAAUGUAAUGAAGUUCUUAAAAAUAAAUGCAAAACCCCUCAUGAACAUGAAGCCUUAGAAAAUCUGUGUAAAGAAAAUAAUCUAAGUAAUGAUGGAACGAAAAAAUGUGAUGAAUUAGAGAAAGAUAUCAGAAAAACAUGUGAUAUUCUCACGUCAAAGCUUACAAAUAAUCAUCUUUUUGACUCAAAAAAAGGAAGUAAUGGAAUUAUUGGAUGGGGAGGAUUACCAACAUUUCUUAGCAACGAAGAUUGUGCAAAAUUAGAGUCCUAUUGUUUCUAUUUUGAAAAAAAAUGCCAAGAUGGCGAAAAAUCAUGUGCGAACGUAAGGGCAGCGUGUUAUAAGAGAGGGCUUGAUGCACGGGCAAACAAUAUAUUGCAAAAAAAUAUGCGAGGGUUAUUGCAUGGCUCAAAUAAAGAUUGGCUUAAGAAAUUUCAACAAGAAUUAGUAAAAGUAUGUGAGAAACUGAAAGGAAAUAAAGGAAGUUUCUCAAACGAUGAAUUGUUUGUUCUGUGUAUACAACCAGCAAAGGCAGCACGAUUACUUACACAUGACCAUCAAAUGAGAGUUAUCUUUUUACGACAACAAUUGGAUCAAAAGAGAGAUUUUCCGACAGAUAAAGACUGCAAGGAAUUAGGGAGAAAAUGCCAAGAUUUAGGAAAGGAUUCAAAAGAAAUUACGUGGCCAUGUCAUACACUGGAGCAGCAAUGCAAUCGCUUGGGGACUACAGAAAUUUUGAAGCAGGUUUUACUAAAUGAACACAAGGAUACUUUGAAAACUCAUGAAAACUGUGUAACAUAUUUAAAGGAAAAGUGUAAUAAAUGGUCUAGAAGGGGUAAUAAUCAUUUUUCUCUUGUAUGUGUCUUCCAAAAUGCUACGUGUAAGCUGAUGGUAGAUGAUGUGAAAGAUAGAUGUGAAGUAUUCGAAAAAAAUAUAAAAGCAUCAGAGAUUGUUGGAUUUCUUAAAAAUAAUACAAAUAACAUAACAACAUUAGGAAAUGUUUGCCCAUUUUGGGACCCAUAUUGUGACAAAUUUUCACCUAAUUGUCUAGAUCUUACGAAAGAAAAUACUCUUUGUACAAAGAUCAAGAAGCAUUGUGAACCAUUCUAUAAAAGAAAGGCCUUGGAAGACGCUCUCAAAGUAGAGCUUCGAGGAAAAUUAGGUGAUCAAGAUAAAUGCAAUUUGGCACUAAAAGGAUAUUGUACACAAUUAGAAAAAUUAAAUAAUGAAUCUAUCAAAAGUUUAUGCAAAGCUAACACCAAAGAUAACCCUAAAAAGAGCAACAAAGAUGCUAAAAAGGAACUCUGUGAGAAAUUAGUGGAAGAAGUAAAAGAACAAUGCAAAACAUUACCAGCAGAACUAAAACAACCAGCAGACAAUCUAAAAAAAGAUGUUAAGACAUAUGAGGAACUUAAGGAAGAGGCAAAGAAAGCAAUGAACAAGUCCAGCCUUGUUUUAUCACUCGUUAAGAAAGACGGAAAUAAUACACCGAAAAAUAAUAGCAAAAGCAAAGAUAAGAAUAACGUUUCAAACGGACUUCAAGAUACCACAAAACAUGUGAAAAUACUACGGAGAGGAGUUAAGGAUGUAUCCGUAACAGAAUUAGAAGCUAAAGCAUUUGAUUUGGCAGCAGAGGUAUUUGGAAGAUAUGUAGACUUGAAAGAAAGAUGUAAUAAAUUGGAAUCAGAUUGCGGAAUUAAGGAGGAUUGCAAAGACUUAGAAGAAGUAUGCAAAAAGAUUAAUAAGGCUUGUCGCAAUCUGAAGCCUCUGGAGGUGAAGCCGCAUGAAACAGUGACAGAAAGCACAACGACGAUCACGACGACAACAACGACCGUUGCCGAUCCGAAGGCAACGGAAUGCAAAUCCUUACAGACAACAGACACAUGGGUUACACAGACAUCAACACACACAAGCACGUCUACCAUCACAUCUACGAUUACAUCAAAAAUAACACUCACAUCAACGAGGCGUUGCAAACCAACCAAGUGUACGACAGGGGAUGAUGCAGAGGACGUGAAACCGAAUGAGGGAUUGAAGAUGAGUGGGUGGAAUGUGAUGAGGGGGGUGAUAGUAGCAAUGGUUAUUUCGUUCAUGAUUUAG